UUCCUCUUAACGUCACGUCUGGCUUUAUUUGACUCUGUUAUCCAUCCAGAUGAAAGGCUGGGCAUUUUGUUACUUUCUCAACCCAAGCUAAGUUUUACUGUCUUAGCAAGAACGACUCGGUCUCGCAAAUCAUAGCUAAGUCUCCUCUCAGGGCCUUGCUGAAGUUGUGCGUUUGCUUGCUCCGCUUUCCCCUCAUUUUGGACCUCAAGCAUUCCUGUAGUCCGAGGCCCUGCACCGGGGUCAAACGCGGUGACCCCGCGGUGAAGCCUCCGGUCUUCACGUAACCGUUCAAGCAUCCCGCCUUCCCAGGACAGACUCAAGCGUCAGAGCGGUCCGCUCUUCUCAAAUCUUAUUGGCUCAAGUCCACGCGUCUCAUGGCACUGGGGGAGUGAGACAGGCGGAAAAACGCCUUCCCCCGGCGCGAGAAGAUGACGUCACAGUAGCCCGGCCGGGCGCGGAAGUUGUCUGCGGCUCUCUGCCCAGUAACUGGCAUCCACCGGUGCCGACCGAAGACCCAUCCGUCGGCAGCGCAGUUGCAAUGGCCAUUUGUCAAUUCUUCCUUCAAGGCCGGUGCCGCUUUGGAGAUCGGUGCUGGAACGAACAUCCCGGUGCCAGGGGUGCAGGAGGAGGACGGCAGCAACCGCAGCAGCAGUCUUCAGGUGAAUCUCCUCUGUAUCCUCCGCGGUAACCGAGCCGUGAAGGGCCCGCUGGCGGGGACCGGACGUCCCGCCUGUGUCCCAGUGCUGGUGACCCCAACGUGCCCGCGUCGCGGCCUUGCCGGCCCCACUGGGCCCUGCACAACGUUUUUAAACCGAGGAUUUUUAUCUACAUAUUAUUCAUGUGGUCCGUUUUUAUUGAGCUUCAGAGGACCUGGGUUUGGGCCUGGAUGCUUUUGCGAAACUGAGUUUUUAAAUCGGAAUUAACUAUCGAAACUACCUUGUAGGUAAUAAUAGACGUGGAUGGAAUACCACUAGCCAGAGAUACUCCAAUGUCAUCCAGCCAUCCAGUUUCUCCAAAUCCACACCAUGGGGGGGCAGCAGAGAUCAAGAAAAGCCAUCUUUCGGUUCUUUUGAUUCUGGAGCUUCAACAAACAGGAAAGAAGGCUUUGGAUUGUCUGAGAACCCAUUUGCUUCACUUAGUCCUGAUGAGCAGAAAGAUGAAAAGAAACUUCUGGAAGGAAUUGUAAAAGAUAUGGAGGUUUGGGAAUCAUCAGGGCAGUGGAUGUUUUCUGUUUAUUCACCAGUGAAAAAGAAACCUAAUAUUUCAGGUUUUACAGACAUUUCACCAGAGGAAUUGAGACUUGAAUACCAUAACUUCUUAACCAGCAAUAACUUACAGAGUUAUCUAAAUUCUGUCCAACAUUUAAUAAAUCAAUGGAGAAACAGGGUAAAUGAACUGAAAAGUCUAAAUAUAUCAAGUAAAGUAGCUUUGCUCUCUGAUGUAAAGGAUGGUAUAAAUCAAGCAGCACCUGCAUUUGGAUUUGGCAGUAGUCAAGCAGCAACAUUUGUGUCGCCAGGCUUUCCAGUCAAUAACAGCAGCAGUGAUAAUGCUCAGAACUUUAGUUUUAAAACAAACUCUGGAUUUGCUGCUGCCUCUUCUGGAAGCCCUGCUGGUUUUGGGAGUUCCCCAGCAUUUGGAGCUGCAGCCUCUACCAGUUCAGCUAUCUCUACUUCUGCUCCAGCUUUUGGAUUUGGGAAACCUGAAGUUACAUCGGCUGCAUCAUUUUCAUUCAAAAGCCCUGCAGCUUCCAGCUUUGGAUCACCUGGAUUUUCAGGACUUCCAACUUCCUUGGCAACAGGUUCUGUUAGAGCUCCAGUGGCCCCAGCCUUUGGAGGUGGCAGUUCUGUGGCUGGUUUUGGUAGUCCGGGCUCACAUUCUCACACUGCUUUUUCUAAGCCAUCCAGUGACACUUUUGGAAAUAGCAGCAUAUCCACUUCUCUCUCAGCCUCAAGCAGCAUCUUUGCAACAGAUAAUGUGUUAUUCACACCCAGAGAUAAACUAACAGUAGAAGAACUGGAACAAUUUCAAUCCAAGAAAUUUACUCUGGGAAAAAUUCCAUUAAAGCCUCCACCUCUGGAACUUCUAAAUAUUUAAAAGGGCAAUUUUAAAUACAAAAAAGAAUGAUGUUUGAAAUUGUUUUGAGUGAUUCAUAUAGAGGUGCAUAUAUGCAUACAUGUAUUAUUCAUAAGGAAUAUAAGCUUCCAUUAAUAGUGAUUUUAAAUUUUAUUUUUUUCUUAAGUCUAAAUAUUUAAGUAAAAAGUAACAAAAAACUCAGCAAGCAAGGGAAUUUUUUUGUACUGUAAUUUUGAAUGGAACCGAAAAAUUGUGCAUGAAUAAAGUACUUUUCUCAUGCCACACCA